GUCGGAUCGGAUUGCGCUUUUCCGUCUUGCGGCAUUUUUAUCCAAUUAUUCGCGCGGCUGAAAAUUAACACUGAAAAGAGCUACUGAUACUGGAUUACUUAAAUGUAUGUCCGUGUGUUGGUUUUAACGAGUGUUGUGAGCCUUUUGAGAUCUCAUAGCACCACUGCAGCUGUGACCAUGGCUCUCAAAGCGUCCGAUUUCGAAGUUUUUGGCCGGGUUCAAGGAGUGUUUUUCCGAAAGUACACAAAGGAGCAAGCAGACAAGCUGGGGCUGCGAGGUUGGUGCAAGAACACUGCUGAAGGAACGGUGCUUGGACACAUGGAGGGACCUCAGGAUAAAGUUGAAUCUAUGAUGCACUGGCUCAAAACCAUCGGCAGCCCGAGCAGCCAAAUUGACAAAGCGGAGUUCAGAAACCCACAAGACAUUGACCAGUACACGUUCGACAACUUCACCAUCAGAAAGGACUGAAAAGGUAAUUUAUUAGCCAAACCAAUUUAGAGUCUCAUCGCUGCAAAACGAUGUAAUCUCGCGUGAUCCCUAGUGUAUCAUUAAGGUGCUAAAUUGUAUGAAUGUUCAGUAUUUGUAUUGUUAACAAGCAACAGGUACCAUUUUCACUGAAAGACAAUUAUAUAGCAUUGUAAACGUGUACCUUUUUCUUGAAAACAUCGGUUCUAUUUAUUUUCCUUUUAAUAAACACUUCUUUAACUGA